AUGGGUUCAACCGAAGAAGACCCCGUCAUUGCGUCCUACGAUGUCGUCCUCACUGACUCCGAAAUUUCUCGCUACGUCUUUCAAUAUCUCGAUCGCCCGGCUUCCAAACCAUACAAUGAGAGGAAGGGUCAGAAGCCGACAACCAUGCGUAUGAAGGUCAACUCAGGCUUGGUCGAGAUGGAAGUCCCGAUCUUCACUCGAUACACAUAUGAUGUGGACAAGGGAAUUCGAUAUGGCGAUGCGCUGAAGAAGGGUCGCCUCGCGCGCAAUGGCGGCGCUUACGGAAUGGCCGGCGGCUUCAGCACCGGAGGAAUUCCCAGUGGUGGUAGUAGAGUCAAGUCGGAAAACAGAGACGAUGUGGAGGUCUUGGACAGCAAAAAGGGCAUGGACCCCUCUGCACUUCUCAGGACACAAGCACUUGGUGGACGCAUUAAACCAUCCGAAGAGGGCGAUCCGGUCUACAUGCUAGCAACCUUCAAAGGCAAAACCUUGCACUUCUCGCCCGUCUCCGCUGUUGUGCCAUUACAGCCUCAAACACAUCAUUUGGAUGCAGUAGACGAGCUGCCGAAGGCCAAGGGUGCUAGGGGCAAAAAAGAGGAUGAAGACAGACCUGCCGAGGCUGAGGCGCGGGCUAUUGAUGUGAAGGUCAAGGGUGCCGAGGAUGGAGGAGCAAUUCUUCAUGGCAAUCUUGAUCUCCUCAAGAGAAUGCAGGAAGAGCAGUGGAAGAAUUUUGAAUGGGUUGACGCGGAGACUGAAGAUUCAUGGUACACAUAUGAGAACUACAUGAUGAGCCAAAAUCCCGAUGAACUACCCGAGCUCAAAGCUACUAAUUACAGCGAACAAUAUCUCGACGGCAUGAGCGCACCACGGAUUGACCCUGCUCGCCCUGAAAUGACCGGAUGGGCGAUGAAACAAAAUCGACAGAAGCAGAUGGAAGGACCGUCAGAUAGCGAAGACGAGGCUUGA